AUGGGCCCUCUGUGCCGCAGCCUCUCUGCGCUCCUGCUGCUGCUGCAGGUUUCACUAUGGCUCUGCCAGGAGCCGGAGUCCUGCCUUCCCGGCUUUAGCGCUGAGAGCUACACGUUCACUGUGCCUCGGCGGCACCUGGAGAGAGGCCGCAUCCUGGGCAGAGUGAGUUUUGAAGGAUGCACGGGUCGACCAAGGUCAGCCUUCUUUUCUGAAGACUCUCGAUUCAAAGUGGGCACAGACGGUGUGAUCACAGUCAAACGGCCUCUACAGCUUCAUAGACCAGAGACGAGUUUUAUGGUCCAUGCCUGGGACUCCUCCUACAGAAAGCUGUCUACCAAAGUCACGCUGAAGGCAGUGGAGCACCACCGUCACCGGCGCCACCACCAUCAUGAGUCUCUCCCUGGAACCCAUGUAGAAGUGCUCACAUUUCCCGACUCCCACCGUGGCCUCAGAAGACAGAAGAGAGACUGGGUUAUCCCUCCCAUCAGCUGUCCAGAAAAUGAAAAAGGUCCAUUUCCUAAAGAACUGGUUCAGAUCAAAUCCAACAGGGACAAAGAGACCAAGGUUUUCUACAGUAUCACUGGCCAAGGAGCUGACUCACCCCCUGUUGGUGUGUUUAUUAUUGAAAGAGAAACAGGAAAGCUGAAGGUGACGGAGCCUCUGGAUAGAGAAAAAAUUGCCAAGUACAUCCUCUUUUCUCAUGCCGUGUCUUCAAACGGGAAUGCAGUCGAGGACCCCAUGGAGAUUGUGAUCACAGUGACAGAUCAGAAUGACAACAGGCCUGAGUUCAUCCAGGAGGUCUUCCAGGGGUCUGUCAUGGAGGGAGCUCUUCCAGGAACCUCCGUGAUGCAGGUCUCAGCCACGGAUGCAGAUGACGAUGUGAACACUUACAAUGCUGCCAUUGCUUACACCAUCCUCUCCCAAGAACCCGAGUUGCCUCACCGCAAUAUGUUCACCAUCAACCGGGAAACAGGGGUCAUCAGUGUGGUCACCACUGGGCUGGACAGAGAGAGUUUUCCCAAGUAUACUCUGAUGGUUCAAGCUGCUGAUCUCCAAGGUGAAGGCUUGAGUACCACAGCAAAAGCCAUCAUCACAGUCACUGACACCAACGAUAACCCUCCCAUCUUCCACCCAACCACGUACGAGGGUCAGGUGCCUGAGAAUGAAGUUAAUGCUGUCAUCACUACACUCAAAGUCACUGAUGCGGACGUCCCCAACACCCCGGCGUGGGAGGCCGUGUACACCAUAUUAAAUGAUAAUGAGCAACAGUUUGUUGUCAUCACAGACCCAAUGACCAAUGAUGGCAUUCUGAAGACAGCUAAGGGUUUGGAUUUUGAGGCCAAGCAGCAGUACAUUCUAUAUGUGACAGUGACAAAUGUGGCCCCCUUUGAGGUGACUCUCCAAACCUCCACAGCCACAGUCACUGUGGAUGUGGUGGAUGUGAACGAAGCCCCCAUCUUUGUGCCUCCUGAAAAGAGAGUGGAGGUGCCUGAAGACUUUGGUGUGGGCCUGGAAAUCACGUCCUACACGGCCCGGGAGCCAGACACCUUCAUGCAACAGAAGAUUACAUAUCGCAUUUGGAGGGACACUGCCAACUGGCUGGAGAUUAAUCCGGAGACUGGUGCCAUUUUGACUCGGGCUGAACUGGACAGAGAGGACUUUGAGCAUGUGAAGAAUAGCACGUAUACGGCCCUCAUCAUUGCCACGGACAAUGGUUCUCCGAUUGCCACUGGAACAGGAACCCUUCUCUUGAUCCUCUCCGACAUAAAUGAUAAUGCUCCCAUACCAGAAUCUCGAAAUGUCUACUUCUGCCAGAAGAAUCCACAGCCUCAAAUCAUAAACAUCAUAGACCCAGAUCUUCCCCCCAACACUUCACCCUUCACAGCAGAACUGACACAUGGGGCAAGUGUGAAUUGGACCAUUGAGUACAGUGAUCCAGCCCAAGAGUCUCUCAUUUUGAAGCCAAAGAAACCCUUAGAGUUGGGUGAAUACAAAAUCAAUCUCAAGCUCAUGGAUAAUCAGAACAAAGACCAGGUGACCACCUUGGACGUCCAUGUAUGUGACUGUGAGGGAACUGUCAACAACUGUAUAAAGCCAAAAUUUGCAGAAGCGACACUGGAAGUUCCUGCCAUUCUAGGGAUUCUUGGCGGUAUCCUUGCUUUCCUAAUCCUGCUUCUGCUGCUUCUGCUGUUUGUUCGGAGGAGAGGGGUGGUCAAAGAGCCCUUACUGCCACCAGAAGAUGACACCCGGGACAACGUUUAUUACUAUGAUGAAGAAGGAGGUGGAGAAGAAGACCAGGACUUUGACUUGAGCCAGUUGCACAGAGGCCUGGAUGCUCGGCCAGAAGUGACUCGUAAUGAUGUAGCACCAACCCUCCUGAGUGUGCCCCAGUACCGUCCCCGCCCUGCCAAUCCUGAUGAAAUUGGAAAUUUUAUUGAUGAAAACCUGAAGGCAGCUGAUAGUGACCCCACAGCGCCCCCUUAUGAUUCUCUGCUGGUGUUCGACUAUGAAGGAAGCGGUUCUGAAGCUGCCAGUCUCAGCUCGCUUAAUUCCUCAGAAUCGGACCAGGACCAGGACUAUGACUACCUGAACGAAUGGGGCAAUCGCUUCAAGAAACUGGCAGACAUGUACGGGGGUGGCGAGGACGACUAGGGCGCUCUGGAGAGGGUUCCUUUGGCCCGAGUGAUGGGAAAUGAGGAGCAAUGUUGCUGGGGGUUUUUUAGCUACCUUCCCUAGACGUGAGUUCCUGGGGAGAGAGACUGAUCUGAGAUGCCGUAAAGAUAGUUGUUUCCAUUUUGUAGUUCUAAUCUGGGUCUGUUAGAAAGGUUUGACAUAGUGCUUGAAUUUUUUUUUUUUUUUCUUUAAUCACUCUUUUCAGAGUGAUGACGUCCCAAAGUUCCCCGAAUUUUAAUAUUUCAAAAGAACAAACUUCAGUCUCAGAAGGUUCUCCUAACCACAUGUAGAUUUCCCUAGGGGGCAUUGCUUAUGUUUAAAAGGAAGGGGAAGAGCAA